UGACCUUAAAUCUUUGUGUACUGACUCCUAAUCGAAGUGUUUGGAAUUCACAAGUAAAAGCAAUCAUUUUAUCUACUAAUAGUGGCCAAAUCGGCGUAUUAAAAGACCAUGCCGCUACUGCGACAGCCGUAGAUAUAGGUGUUUUAAGAAUGUUAGGCCUUGACGACCAAUGGUCAACAAUGGCUCUGAUGGGCGGUUUUGCUAGAAUAAGCAAUAAUCAGAUUACUAUUUUAGUAAAUGAUGCUGAGAAGGGUAGUGACAUUGAUCCACAAGAAGCUCAGGAAACUCUUGAAAUAGCAGAAGCUAACUUGAAGAAGGCGGAAGGAAAGAGACAAUUAAUUGAAGCAAAUCUAGCUCUCAGACGAGCUAGGACACGAGUAGAGGCUCGCAAUACAAUUUCGUAAGCUGUUGGUGCGUCCGAAUAAUCAAAAGAAGUUCCCUUGUCGGUAGAAUCUAUAUAUAGAAUGCAACGAAAAAAAAAAAAUAAGAUUGAAACAGUUAUGAAUUCCAUUGAGUUUCCACUACUUGAUCGAAUAGCCCAAAAUUCAGUUAUUUCAACUACAUCAAAUGAUCUUUCAAAUUGGUCAAGGCUCUCGAGUUUAUGGCCGCUUCUCUACGGUACCAGUUGUUGCUUCAUUGAAUUUGCUUCAUUAAUAGGCUCGCGAUUCGACUUUGAUCGUUAUGGACUGGUACCCAGAUCGAGCCCUAGACAAGCGGACCUAAUUUUAACAGCAGGUACCGUAACAAUGAAAAUGGCACCUUCUUUAGUGAGAUUAUAUGAGCAAAUGCCUGAACCAAAAUAUGUUAUUGCUAUGGGAGCAUGUACAAUUACAGGAGGGAUGUUCAGUACCGAUUCUUAUAGUACUGUUCGAGGGGUCGAUAAACUAAUUCCUGUGGAUGUCUAUUUGCCGGGCUGCCCCCCUAAACCAGAAGCAGUUAUAGAUGCUAUAACAAAGCUUCGUAAAAAAAUAUCUCGGGAAAUCUAUGAAGAUAGAAUUAAGUCUCAACAGAAGAAUCGAUCACCAGGCGGGCUGUUAGCUAGUGUGUAUCAUCUUACGAGAAUAGAAUACGGUGUGGAUCAACCAGAAGAAGUAUGCAUAAAAGUAUUUGCUUCAAGGAGGAAUCCUAGAAUUCCGUCCGUUUUCUGGGUUUGGAAAAGCGCGGAUUUUCAAGAACGGGAAUCUUAUGAUAUGUUGGGAAUCUCCUAUGAUAAUCAUCCACGCUUGAAACGUAUUUUAAUGCCUGAAAGUUGGAUAGGAUGGCCCCUACGUAAGGAUUAUAUUGUCCCCAAUUUUUAUGAAAUACAAGAUGCUUAUUGAAUGGUAAGGAAUUUAUUUUCACUUCUACGACAUAAAGACUUUUUAUAUUAUAUAUGUUCUGCUCUAGAUUAAAUAGAGUAACUGAUGUCCCGCAGGUAUUCUAUAUAUGGAAUAUGGAUAGAUAAAAAAAUAAAAGACAAGUCACGAAUUCAUUGAGAUUUGAAAAAGUUUUCUUUUGGAUGAGCUAAGAACCGAUAGAAUGAACUAAAAAGUUAUGUAUUAUGAACUUUGUACCGCGUAUCCAUCAAUUA